GUCUUGGCGGGCAUUGCGGUGAUGCAUGGAUCGCAAAUGUGACGUCACGAUGAGGUUGAGCAUACCUCACGGAAGAGCCAUCUGAUAGUCAAGGACUCAGUUUGGUGCUGAGCAACUACGCUUCGUGCAACGGCCCAGUUCCGGAGUGGAUAGAAGCGGAGGGCAACGAGAGCGGCAAUGGCGGUCAGGACAAAGGAUACUUACCUAGGUAAUAAGAGCAUGUCGCCAUGAGACUUGGUGGGUUGCAUGUUGCGUACUAAAGGUGGCACAGCAACGUUAGUACUCACUACUCAGUCCCGCGGGCCAACUGCAGCCAGCGGCGUGAUGAGCAGCAGCACUGCGUCGAGUGACCCAUUUGAGGGCUUGCGGUGCGCCUGCACAGGCAGCUCGCAGCCUGCCGCCUGAUCGGGGCUGUGGGGGGCGAAGCUACGGGGCGGAGGUCACGGAUCCGGGGCACAGGGCAACUACAAUUCACGCCAGAGUGGUCGCCAGGCCGGCGAGCGCACGAGGUGUGAUCAGCCUCGACGGGCGGAACGAGACUCCGGCUUGAGCCCUGGCCGGGCUAUUAAAGGAGACGCUUCGCCAGGAAGAGGCCAGCCGCGCCCGUAGUACCAGACAAACGUCCAAGACGUGAGACGAGCUUGCCCAAGGCGCGACGCAAUGACACGACUCUACUAUCACGACGGGCACUACCACCCAGACAGCCGGCCAGGCGACGAACGGCGGGACAGGAGGCAGAGGGAGGCAGACGCCAACUUGUGGCAUAAGACAUACCAGAUAUGGGACCAUGUGCUUUACGGUGUUGGCAGCUUCUACUACAAGAUCAGAGGCCGCUGAGUCGGACUCGUUGCGCGUGCUGCAGGCGAGCACGACAGAGCCUGCACGUGGCAGCUGGUGGACAUCCUAUCCUGGAGUGAGCACCUGGCUGAGACGGACGAGUGUGUCACCCGCAACAGGCGAGGGAGCCGACAAGAGGAGUUGGUCGACAUCUUGCGCUCCCUGCGCCCAGACUUUGCGUCACGAAGCGGUGGGCGGGCGCGGGCGCGGGCGCGACACGACGGCGCCAAGGCAGCGAGUGCAGAGGCAAGGGGCGAACAUGAGGCGGCAUGAAAUUGUGACGGUGGUGCUGCGGUGGCUCCGCACCGCAAUGGGGUAGUUAUGGACAGGGAACAAGAGCCAGAUGCGCAGGUCCAUGGAGGCGCUGCUUGGACGAUGGACUGACUGGUGGAUGACAGGGUCGUCGAAGGUCGCUCGGCACAGGUUGCGAAGAAGUAAGUGACCUACGGACGGACGGGUUGGCAGCGGUCCAAAUAAAGAUUGGCGACGGAUCAUCGCCCAUCAGCCUGCGGGACGAUGCUGAUGUGCUCCGCGACUGCUGAAACGAGUGACGACGACGGGGUCGGAGUGGGCCAGCCAAUGCUGAAACUGUGAGGAUCCACGACUGCUACGGUCUGGUGCGCGAGAGAAAGAGGCGAACGCCAUCAGAUCAGAUCAGACCUCUGGCAUCCAUGGAUGGCGAGGGAGAUGCGCGGUGGGGAAGCAGCCCCUUUUCCCACCGCAACCGCCGCCAUCUCAGUCGCGGCCGGCGCACUGUAUACAGGGAGCCUUGGGCCCGCCCCGACUAGCACCCUGCGUCCAGAAUCUUGGACGGCUGCUGAUAGCCCUCGGCUGCCCCCCCACGGUGCGAGUCAGGGUCGCGCCACCGCUCGCGGCUGGGCGUGGUGAGAUGACCUUGUCUGACGGGGCCGCGUGAUUGGACAGCGCUGGCGGAACAAGCUUCAUGGCCCCUGGCCAGCCCUGCUGCGCCUCCGUGGACAGGGGCUCCGACCAAAUUCGCUUCCAGUGGCGGUCCACGCUAGGGGCUUCUGGGCGGGAGGCCGAACAGCCCGCUUGGCCGUACAGUACCUCACCACUUGACGAGACCAUGCCAUCGCCUCCUCCUCCUCUUCCUUUCCAACCGACAAAACACUCGCUUGGGAACAAAGCGCCGUCUUGCCUUUCCCGUCCCCCAUCUUCCUUUCUUCUUUGAAUCUAAUUGGGGCUCGCCUCACUACUUCCCGUCACUCAUUCACGGUAUUUUGUUUGCUAGCUCUCUCUUCGUCUCUCUCCUCCCCCCUCAACUCCGCGUCGCCGACGACAGUUCGAACGACAGCCGACUUGCUCCGCCCGCUCCGCAUUGUCAUAUAUUGUGCUUUCACGCCGCGCGCCAUGGCGUUGACGAAGCUUUCGGUGUCGCUCCUCGCCCUCGCGGGGAGUGCCCUUGCCGAUCUGCAGCCCAUUGAGAUGAAGGGCUCCAAGCUCUUCUACAAGAAUGGCACCCAGUUCUUCAUGAAGGGCGUCGCCUACCAGCAGGACACGGCUGCCGCCGGCGCCACCAGCGACAAGACGACCAAGUACGUCGACCCGCUGUCCGAUGCGACGGCUUGCAAGCGCGACGUGCCCCUGCUCAAGGAGCUCGGCACCAACACGAUCCGCACCUAUGCCAUCAACCCCGACUCCGACCACUCGGCCUGCAUGAAGCUGCUCGACGAGGCCGGCAUCUACGUCAUUUCGGACCUGAGCGAGCCCAGCCUGUCCAUCAACCGCGAUAACCCCCAGUGGAACGUGGAGCUCUUCACUCGCUACCAAAAGGUCGUGGACGAGAUGGGCAAGUACUCCAACGUUAUCGGCUUCUUUGCCGGUAACGAGGUCAGCAACAACAAGACCAACACGGGCGCCUCAGCCUUCGUCAAGGCCGCCGUCCGCGACACCAAGGCCUACAUCAAGAACAAGAAGGACUCCCGCUGGAUGGGCGUUGGCUACGCCGCAAAUGACGACAAGGACAUCCGUGUUGAGAUCGCCGACUACUUCAACUGCGGUAAGGCCGAAGACUCGAUCGACUAUUGGGGUUACAACAUUUACUCGUGGUGCGGCGAGAGCGACAUGCAAAAGUCGGGUUAUAGCGAGCAGGCCAAGUUCUUCAAGGACUACUCGGUCCCCGUCUUCUUUGCCGAAUACGGCUGCAACCUACCCGACGGUGCUGCCAACCGCAUCUUCCAAGAGACUGGCGCCCUGUACAAUGACGAGAUGACUAAAGUCUUCUCCGGCGGCAUCGUCUACAUGUACUUCCAGGAGGCCAACGACUAUGGUCUGGUCGAGGUCAAGAACGGCAAGGCUACCAAGCAAAAGGACUUCGGCAAGCUCAAGGACCAGGUGGCCAAGGCCGACCCCAAGGGUGUUGACAAGGACCAGUACAACCCGACGGCCAAGCCUGCCAAAUGCCCCGACCUGACCAACACGUGGAGGGCCAACUCUGAGCUGCCGCCCACGCCCGACAAGUCGCUCUGCGACUGCAUGACCAAGUCGCGCUCGUGCGUCGCCUCCAAGGACCUGGACCCCAAGAAGUACGGCGCCAUGUUCGGUUUCAUCUGCGGUGCCGACGCGUCUAUCUGCACGGCCAUCCAGGGCAACGCCACCACCGGUGUCUACGGCGCCUACAGCAUGUGCUCCGACGCCGACAAGCUCAACUAUGUCCUCGACGCUUACUACUCUAAGCUGAACAAGGCCAAGGAUGCCUGCGACUUCAAGGGUCAGGCCACGACCCAAAGCCCCAACAAGGACUCCUCUUGCGACUCCAAGCUGGCCACUGCCAGCGAUAUCAACAAGAAGGUCGCCACGGCGACGGCCCCUGUCGGCGGUGGCGGCGCCAAGGCCACGUCUUCGGACAGUGCGGCCGGCUCCUUCACCCCGAUGGGUCCCUUCUUUUCCGUCGGUGACUUCGCCAUCGGCGCUUACAUGCUCGUCGCCGGUCUUGUCGGUGCGGGCAUGGUAGCGCUAUAAGCGGACGGUGGGACGUUUUGUAAGCAACGGUUGCGACAUGUACAUUUUGGGCUGUCGGAUCUUGGUGGGUGGAUGUCUUAGGUUUCUUGUAUUACGUACGCAUUGCUGGUGUUGCCUAUACCGUUAGACAGGACCUAUUAAUGGCAAAUUUUCUGAAUCCGC